UCUCUUUUACGUAGAAUGGUGCCGAUUCCUGUUAUUUACACUAUGAGAUUGAAGGGUCAAGCAGGUACUUCCUCCGAUAAUGAUAAAGAUGGUUGGUUUGAAUUACUCACUUGGAGUCAUCAUUGGGGUUUUGAAUAUGUUGUCCUACCGGUAUUAAAAGGCCUGUGUCCUUCAAUGGUGAAAGUCUCAUUAUAUCCCCUUGGCAUGACGCUCAGAACGUUACAACUUGGGAUGGUAAGACUAAUCAACUCAAGUAUGACACUUGUAAAAAAUACGGUGAUACCAUUAAACUUGUUGGCAAUACUUAAAGUUUCCAAGACAACAUGGUACUUGAAACAUUCCGCGCUUACAAAAAGGGUGGUAAAGAUGUUAUUGCUAUCAACAUGGGUGCUACCCGACAGUUACCUGAACUUUUGCACGGAGGUAUCAAGGGUAUUAUUUGUGACAUGGCUUACAAGUCUUGUUGUACAAAGUUGCUUUUGCAAGCUGAGCGUAAGGGUUGGUCUUGUGUUGAAGGCAUCAAAAUCUUGAUCUCGUAAGGUAUUGCUCAAUUUAAAAUCUGGACAGGAGAAUGUGCCCCAAUUACCGAAAUUGAAGGUGAAGUGUCAAAUAUCCAGAGAUGUAAACCUUCAUAAAAUACAAUGGACACUCUGCAAUUUGAACAGAUUGUUUCAUCACAGAUCAAAAGAACUGGCCUUCCAUUGGAUUAUUUCAAACUACUGGUUUAUAAUUAAAAAACGUGAUCACUUGGCUCUCUUGUCUUUUUUGUACACAAGCAUGAAC